UCUUGAGCUGACGAACCUCAUCGGGGUUAAACGCUUUCUGUUUGCCCGCGAGCAUUCGGACAUAAUUUUUGAAAAAUCAGCCUAGUUUAUCCUGGUUGUGUACCUGAAAAACUUUUUCUUUUACAAUCAGGGUAAUAUGAGAUGUGUUUUUAUUUUAUUAUUCGUCUUUCAACAGGAAUACAUUAACAACCGAUGUGAGUCAUAAUCACAACUAGAAAAUUAUUUUCUUUGUGUGGGGACCAAAAAUACUUAGGGUUUAGAAGGCAUGAGAGAAAUCUUCGAACUCAUACAGGAAAUUUGUGCGAAGGAGAACUUUCUGUCGUUUCAGCCUAAAAUAUGGCAAGUAAGACUUCAGAUCCCCUUUUGAGCACCCAACCACUGGAGAGCUCUUUGCAUACAAUCCCAGGAUCUUACAGCAAUGCCCCAGGGAUGAUGUAUGGUUCCCAUGGCAAUGACCCUGAUGACCCAAGUAUGGGCGGGGCUUCUAUUAAUGGCAGCAAGCACUCAGAGGAACAAGAUAUAGAAGAUAAGGAUGAAAUUCAGAGAGAGCGACUACUAAGUACAUUGAGCAGUGGCAGUUUGGAUGAGGGCCUGUUAAACAGCAACAUGUCCAGCUUAAUGAACUUACUGAAGGGUAACAUAGGGACAGGAAUACUGGCCAUGCCUCUUGCUGUCAAGAAUGCUGGACUGCUGGUUGGCACACUGGGUGUACUAAUCCUGGGUGCCAUUGCUGUCCACUGCAUGCACCAACUGGUCAUGUGUGCUCAUGACUUUGGUCACAGGUACAACAAACACAGGCUCAGCUAUGGAGAGGUGGUGGAACUGUCAUUUGAGAAGGGACCAAGAUCAUUACAGCGGUUUUCUAAAGCUUCAAGAAUUGCAGUAAAUGUAUUCUUGAACAUCACACAGUUGGGGUUCUGUUGCGUAUAUAUAGUCUUCAUUGCUGCCAACAUAAAGCAGGUUGUAGAUGUUUACGUUACUGGAGAUCUUCCACUGAGAGUCUAUGAAGUGUUUGUCUUUAUUGUACUGGUGCUAUUUGUUUUUGUAAAGCACCUUAAAUGGUUGUCCUACUUUGCCAUGCUGGCCAAUCUUCUGACAGCAGUAGGACUCAUCAUAGUGCUUCAGUACACAUUGCGGAACCUACAACCAGUUACUGCUUUUCCCUUGUUUGCUGACUUUGCAUCCCUGCCUCUGUUUUUUGGAACUGCUAUAUACGCAUUUGAGGGAAUAAGCCUGGUUUUACCUAUUGAGAACAAGAUGAGGACCCCAGAUGCCUUCUCUGGCUGGGCUGGUGUGCUGAACCUAGGAAUGGUCAUAGUGGUGGCCCUGUACACGGCCAUUGGCUUUUAUGGCUACCUUUGUUUUGGGGAUGAUGCUCAAGGCAGCAUCACCUUGAACAUUCCCAAUGAUAACUGGUUGUAUUUAUCAGUGAAGCUGAUGUUUUCUCUGGCUCUGAUCAUAACCUAUGGCCUACAGUUCUAUGUCCCCAUCCUGAUUGUGUGGCCACUUAUCAAGAAGCAUACACAGAGGUUCUCAUUUAUACAGAAAUAUGGAGAAGGCAUGUUUAGGAUAUUCUUGGUGAUAUUUACAUUGGCCAUGGCAGAAUUGAUACCACAUUUAGGUCUCUUCAUCUCAUUGGUUGGUGCUUUGAGUAGCAGUGCUUUGGCCUUGAUAUUUCCUCCAAUCAUGCACACUCUUACAUUCUGGCCUGACAGACUGGGUGUGUGUAAAUGGCAUUUAUUCAAGAACAUUUUGAUUUGUGCCUUGGGACUUUUAGGAUUUGCAACAGGAACUUAUGUGUCACUCUCACAGAUUAUCUACUGUUUUCAAAAUCCAUCAGCUCCAGUCUGUGAAGGUUCUUAAAAAUGAGGUUUCAAAGAUUUUUGUGUGCCAUCUUUUCUUUUUUGAGCCAUCAAACAAAUCCCUUUUACUAUUUUUUUUCUAAUUGUUUUAAAUUCCUGCAAUCGAGUCAGGGGUUUAUGAAGUUCUGUA